CUUCAGCUUUAUUUUUUUCCCUGAGGCGCGCGACGCGGGCUCUGCGGGGCGGAGCACCUUCCGGAUCCAGCUGCGUCAGGCGCUCGCGGCGGGCAGCCCUGAGAAGGCCCCCGUCUCCUUCACGUGGAGCUGCUAGUGCGGAUCGCGGCCCGGGAGACCGACGCGAUGAAACCCAGGACUGUCCGCUUCGUGGAUAACAAGCUCAAGCACCGCGUCAUGCAGUACCUCACCAGUAACAGAUGUGGCAAAUAUGUGGACACCGAAGUCUUAGCGUCUGACCUGCAAAGAAUGUACAGUAUAGACUAUGGGCGAAGAAAAAGAAAUGCUUUUAGGAUUCAGGUGGAAAAAGCUUUUAACGUGAUUGGCAAUGAAAUGGAAUUUAAACAUCUGACAGAAUCAGAAGAUGAGCACAGAGCAAAAAGAGCAAGACGGGAUGAGGAGGAUAAUGAGUAUACUGAAAGCUAUUCUGAUGAUGAUUCAGAUACGGAGGAUUAUGCAGACCCGCAGUCAGCAAAUCACAUGAACAGUUCCCUGCUCUCUUUGUAUCGGAAAGGAAAUCCUGGUUCUGGUUCAAGCGUUCGUGAAGUGGAGCAGCGAGAAAGAACUGCCUCAACACCACGCAUCACUUCCAAAGGAGACUCCAUUCCUUUGAAGAUUCCAGCCCAAGAGUCUGCGGGAAGAUGGUUUAAUGGCAAAAUCCAAGGUGGAAAGAAAGAGCGUUUUUUCUUGGAUGUUUCAAAUAAGAAAACUAUUCGUAAGAAGCCCUUAUCUGAGAUACAGGAUACCAAGGAUUCUUCUCUUUUGGAGAGACAGAAGAAAAGGAAGGACAGGAUAAAAAACAAAGGAAACAAAAAGAAGAAAAAGUAUCUUCAGGAAGUAGACAGAAAAAUAGAAGAUGUUCUGCAAAAAAAAGCCAAUUCGUGGACACCAGAAUUGCAAAACUCUACAGUGAAGUUUGAAGAUGUCGGAGGCAAUGAUGCAACAUUGAAAGAAGUCUGCAAGCUAGUGAUCCACAUGCGUCACCCGGAGGUGUACCAACAUCUGGGCGUCGUGCCCCCUCGUGGAGUUCUCCUUCAUGGGCCGCCCGGCUGUGGGAAGACGUUACUCGCACAUGCUAUUGCAGGGGAACUGAACCUGCCCAUUCUCAAAGUGGCAGCCCCAGAGGUUGUGUCUGGUGUGUCCGGAGAGUCGGAGGAGAAGCUGCGGGAGCUGUUCUCCCACGCGGUGUCAAAUGCACCGUGUAUUCUUUUCAUCGAUGAAAUUGAUGCUAUUACUCCCAAAAGAGAAGUUGCCUCGAAAGAUAUGGAACGAAGAAUUGUGGCCCAGCUCCUAACCUGCAUGGAUGAUCUGAAUAACAUGCCUGCCACAGCUCAGGUGCUGGUCAUCGGAGCGACGAAUCGCCCUGACUCAUUAGACCCUGCUUUGAGACGUGCAGGAAGGUUUGACCGAGAAAUAUGCCUGGGCAUACCAGAUGAAGCAUCCAGAGUGAGGAUACUUCAAACUUUGUGUAGGAAACUCAGACUUCCUGAAUCGUUCAACUUUUGUCACUUAGCACACCUGACACCAGGCUUUGUUGGUGCCGAUCUGAUGGCACUCUGCCGGGAAGCCGCCAUGUGCGCAGUCAACAGGAUCCUCAUGAAGCUGCAACAGGAACAGCAGAAGCAUCUGUCAGCCCAAGGGUUGCUGUCUGGAGCAGGCCAGGAACCUCGGGAAGCUGAGGCCUCUUCUGCAUUACAGGAUGAAUUGCAAAGGCUGUUGGAGUUGCUAAGAGACCACAGUCCUCUCUCCGAGGAACAGAUGCACGGACUGUGUAUUGAACUGAAUGAUUUCAUUGUUGCUCUAUCAUCAGUCCAACCUUCUGCCAAAAGAGAAGGCUUUGUCACUGUUCCCAGUGUGACAUGGGAAGAUGUUGGUGCCCUGGAAGAUAUCAGAGAAGAGCUUACCAUGGCAAUAGUGACACCAGUUCGGAAACCAGACCUGUUCAAAGCUCUUGGAUUGGUGACCCCAGCUGGAGUCCUUCUUGUUGGCCCUCCUGGCUGUGGGAAAACUCUGCUGGCGAAGGCUGUGGCAAAUGAAUCUGGACUAAACUUUAUAUCUGUCAAGGGCCCUGAGUUACUUAAUAUGUACGUAGGUGAGAGUGAGCAUGCUGUGCGAGGGGUUUUCCAGCGAGCCAAGAGCUCAUGUCCCUGUGUGAUAUUCUUUGAUGAAGUGGAUGCUCUGUGUGCUCGGAGAUCUGGCCGAGAGACAGGCGCGAGUGAUCGGGUGGUGAAUCAGCUGCUUACGGAGAUGGAUGGUGUGGAGGCACGCCAGCAAGUGUUUAUCAUGGCAGCCACCAACCGGCCGGAUAUCAUCGACCCCGCAUUUCUGCGUCCAGGCCGGCUAGACAAAACACUCUUUGUGGGUUUGCCACCCCCGGCAGAUCGCCUUGCCAUCUUAAAAACCAUCACCAAAAAUGGUACCAGACCACCAUUGGAUGCAGAUGUAAAUUUAGAAGCAAUUGCCAGUGACCUGCGUUGUGAUGGCUACACGGGUGCAGAUCUCUCUGCGUUGGUUCGGGAAGCUUCUAUGUGCGCCCUGAGGCAGGAAAUGGCAAGGCAGAAGAGUGGCGAAGAGAAAGGUAAACUCAAGGUGGGGCAGAAGCACUUUGAAGACGCUUUCAAGAAAGUAAAGUCGUCUAUAUCAGUAAAGGAUCGGAUGAUGUAUGAUGCUCUGCAGCGGUCCCUCACCCGGUGACGUCUCUGGCCCACGUGUCCGCCAAGCCAGCCUGCCAACUGACGCACACUUGAUCUCGGGUCAGGAUUUCAUUUUCAAAUGAAUGAGGUCCCACUGAAACUGAAGAGUUUUUCCUUGAGGCCAAGUUAGGUAUCUUUAUCAGGGUUGUCCUUUGUUCUUUGCCUUUUAUCAGGUGGCAUACAGUUUAAUUUGCACAUGUGAUGUUUACCUGAAAAUUUGAUUAAGGUGGUUUCUGCCCAUUGUCUCACUUGCCCUUUCUUUUUUAAUUUAAGGAAAUGUAUUUCCAUUUGUUUGAAAGAAUGUGACAAACUGAUAAGUCUGCCCUAAAUCUCCCAAGAGGGAGGCCUGGGCCAGGCAGAAGCUGGAAACUUGAUUCAGUUCUCCCUUGGUAG